CUCUGCUGCUGCGCCGCCUGUGAUUGGUGUGGCAGAACUAGUCCCGCUCUGAGGCUUAUAUAAAGGAGGGCUCUACGCAGUAGAGAGACACAGUGUUCUGUAAACUGAUCUAAACAUGAGUGGUAGAGGAAAGACCGGUGGCAAAGCCAGAGCGAAGGCAAAGACUCGCUCCUCCAGAGCAGGACUCCAGUUCCCCGUGGGCCGUGUUCACAGGCUUCUGCGUAAAGGCAACUAUGCAGAGCGCGUCGGAGCCGGAGCUCCCGUCUACCUGGCGGCUGUUCUGGAGUAUCUGACCGCUGAGAUCCUCGAGUUGGCUGGAAACGCUGCCCGCGACAACAAGAAGACCAGGAUCAUCCCCCGCCACCUGCAGCUGGCCGUCCGCAACGACGAGGAGCUCAACAAGCUGCUCGGCGGAGUCACCAUCGCCCAGGGCGGCGUCCUGCCCAACAUCCAGGCGGUGCUGCUGCCCAAGAAGACCGAGAAACCCGCCGGGAAGGCCAAGUAGAGCGGCCCGCUGGACCCAACCCCAAAACGGCUCUUUUAAGAGCCACACACUUCAACUACAGAACAAAAUCCUUUAUUUUCCGGCGUUCCAUAUGUUUUACCAAGGAGUUCUCCAUAAACUACAUAAACUA